UGCAACAUUAAUUUGUUCUGUCAUUGUGUCAUGUCUCUGAUCAAAUCAAGAAUUAAAUUUGAAACCUUUUUUUUGUUUUCUAUAGCAAAAUAUCGAGGAAUUGGUAUCACCUUAGAAUCCAAAUAUAACUUCAAUGUUACCACCAUAUGAUGUCAGAUAAUUUAAAAAAGGUAGAUCUUAGUUGUAUCAGUUGGAAAGUUAUUAAAAAUGAUGGAUUGGAUCUUGAAUAUACUGUUCCAAUACCAAGAUCAGUAGCUGACGGCAUCCUGAUGGAGCUCGAAGAAACUUUAUGCUUUUUUACAGGAGAUCUAGCCAAGAUUAAAGUUUUCGGUAAAAUUUAUCCCCUGCCUCGACAGCAAGUGGCCUAUGGUGAUCCUGGAAUUACAUACACCUACUCCGGCAUAACCGUACCAGCCUUACCGUGGCCCAAACCUGUAUUAAUGCUGCGAGAUUUUUUGUUUACUUUGAAAGGCAUAAAAUAUGAGUUUGUCUUAGUCAAUAAAUACAGAAACGGGAAUGAUCAUAUGGGAGAGCACAGAGAUAAUGAGCCGGACCUUGAUCCUAAGUACCCUAUAGCCUCAAUAUCGUUCGGAGAGGAGAGACCGUUUGUAUUAAAGCACAAAGACGCAAGAAAACCGGGUCCCCUCAAAAAGAACAUCUCGCCAGUGAUCAUAAAGUUAGAGCAUGGUAGCGUUCUACUUAUGAACCCACCGACUAACGACCUCUGGUAUCAUAGUCUGCCAACUCGUAAAAGGAUAAAAGGUGCAAGAAUAAAUUUCACUUUUCGUAAAAUGGUUCAAAAAAACAUAUUUUAGUAAUUAAUAUUUUUGUAGUUGAAAGAGGUUAAUAAAACGAGUGAAAAUU